AUGUUACUGACCCCGAUUUGGGAAGAGCAGCAGGAGCUCCGUUUGGACAUGCUGUCCCAAUCGGAGCACCUUGUAACGGGCUCAGAUCAAACGUGUCAAAUUUCCUGCUCAGCCUCCUCCGCCGCUGCUCCUGGUGAUGGCGGGAUCACACUGCUGGAUGAUACCGCCCAGAGCCAAAGGGGAGUCCGCGGGGAAACCGGCGUGGAAGGCGCUGGGGACGACUGCGGAGACAGCGGGGCGGACAGUGGCGGGGACAGCGGUGGUGGCGAGCUGGGCGUGGUGGGUGUGAGCGGGCACGAGUUGUCACACCUCUCGCCAUCUUCCUUCGCCAAGCCGCUGCAAAUCACAGGAUAG